UCGGUCGGCGCUGCGUCUACCCCUAGCAGGAGACGCCGCACCGCAAGGGCAAGGGGGCAAGGGCGCUGGAGGGGCUGGCGGGGGCGGUGGAGGUGGUAGUGGAGGCAGUGGAGGGGUGGGGGUGGUGGCGGAGGUGGAGGUGUCAGUGGCAGCAGUGGAUGCGAAGGAGGCGGCAGUGGCGGAGGGAGCGGAGGCGGCGGAGGUGGCGGAGGCGGCGGAGGUGGCGGAGGCGGCGGAGGUGGCGAAGGCGGCGGUGGCAGCGGUGGAGCUGGUCGCGGCUCUGCGCAGAGGAGUGGAUCAGGUGGUGGUCCGCGCCAGCAGCAGCAGCGCAAUCGUAGGACCCUGUCCCCUCAGCAACUUCGUGAGUGGUAUGCUGCGCGUCAGCGCGGCUACUGCUCUAGGUGCUGGUGAGGCUGCUGCUCUAGGUGCUGGUGAGGCUGCUGCUCUAGGUGCUGGUGAGGCUGCAGCUCUAGUUGCUAGUGCGUGCGCUGCCCCAGAUGCUGGUGAGUCUACUCUCAAGUACUACAUCGGCUCAGGCCUUACACACCUUCACCCUUGA